UCUCUCAGUCUACAAUUCCUACUUGACGGUUAAACUCAGAUGAUUGAGUUGUUUUAAAUUUUUUAAAUAAUUAAAUAGUAAUCCUGCGAAAAGAUAUCUUAAAUAAAAAUGAGUCGCAAAGAAGCUCUUUCAUCUUUUAUUCAACAAAUACAUGGGCGUCCCGUUGUCGUGAAAUUAAACAGCGGUGUCGACUAUAGAGGAGUACUUGCCUGUCUGGACGGUUACAUGAAUAUUGCUUUGGAACAAACAGAAGAAUAUGUGAAUGGACAGCUCAAAAACAAAUAUGGUGAUGCAUUUAUAAGGGGAAAUAAUGUGCUUUACAUUAGCACGUCAAAAAGAAGAAUGUAAUUAGUUUUAAAUAUCAUUUAACAAGUAACAUAAGUACAUACAUAACUUUAUUAUAUUCUUAUAUUACAUUAAUAACUCGUGUAUAAAUUAAACUUGAUAUUUUUUUAUGGUUGAAAAAGAAACAGGACAGGUUUAUGAAGUGGUUGAAUUUAUCCAUUUUAUAAGUUUUUUGCUCCAGGAUAUGUAUAAUAAAACUUAACAUCUUCACUGAUCUGUAAAUUUAUUAAGAACUAUUAGAUUUUUUUUUGUUUAGCUAUACUAUUUUUAAUAUGUAUAUAUUAUAUUAAAAAAUAGCUUCAAUGUCAAGUUCACCUCUGUCUUUUGAUUUAAUUGCAUUAAAGGUACUUCUACAGACUUA